AGCCUUCUCAUAUGGUUGGGCUCCUAAGAAUAAGAUUCCUCUCGCUGUUGCAGCGAGGGCAGAUGGUUAUAGACCAACUAAAACAAAUUCACGCGCAAAUGAUCAUCAAUGGUUUUAAUUGUUGUCGAGAAGCUUCAAUGGUGGGCAAGUUGAUCGAUUGUUAUUGUGUGGUUUCAGCUCCAGUGGGCAUGGAUUAUGCCCGUCUCAUCUUCAGGUACUCUGAGGAGCCAAACGUGUUCAUAUAUAAUGUAAUGAUCAGAUGCAUGCCUCCCAAGGAAGCAACUCAGGUCUUCGCCCAUGGGAUUGCUAGGGGGAAGUUGGUGUUCGACAGUUUCACGUACAAAUAUGUCCUCGGAGCCUGUGCUCGAUUGUCAUCAUCGAUGGGAUUAUGGGAAGGGAAGCAGAUACAUGCCCGGAUAAUCAAGGUCGGCUUCACAUCAGAUGUCGCCGUGCAAACGACCAGCGUACAUUUUUAUGCAAGGAGGAAUGACCUUCUCUCAGCCAGGCAGGUGUUUGACGAAAUGCCUGUAAGAGCCAGUGCUUCUUGGAAUGCGAUGAUAACUGGUUAUUGUUCAGAGAGAAGAGGAACCAAGGAUCAUGCCAAAGAGGCAUUGGUAGUCUUUCGUGCCAUGCUGCUUACCUGCAAUGUAAAGCCCACAGACACAACAAUGGUUGGUGUGCUCUCUGCUUGUUCUCAUUUGGGAGUAUUAGAGACAGCAACCAGUGUUAAUGGGUACUUACAUAAAGUAAAACAUGACCCAGAGGGUGAUGUUUUCAUUGGCACCAGCCUCGUCGAUAUGUACUCAAAAUGUGGGUGCCUGAGUACUGCAUUGAAUGUGUUCAAGCGAAUGAAGGAGAAGAAUAUAUUGACUUGGACUGCAAUGAUGGCAGGCUUAGCCAUCCAUGGACAAGGCAAAGAGGCCUUGGAGCUAUUUAGUGCAAUGGAAGCCAAUAAUAUAAGACCAAAUGCUGUCACCUUCACCUGCCUACUAUUUGCUUGCUGUCAUGCAGGACUUCUCGAUGAAGGGCUCCAUCUUUUUUACAGUAUGAGCAGCAAGUUUGGCGUUACCCCUCAAAUCCAACACUAUGGUUGCAUUGUUGACCUCCUUGGUCGCUCAGGCUGCCUACAAGAAGCCUUCGAAUUCAUAACUCAAAUGCCGCUUCAACCCGAUCCUGUAUUGUGGAGGAGUCUGCUAGGAGCAUGCAAAGUUGAUGGGGAUGUUGUGAUGGGUGAGAAAGUGGGAAAGCUCCUGCUCCAACUGCAGCAAGAGCAGGGAUCUUUGGAUUCAUUGUCUACAUGUGAAGACUAUAUAGCUUUAUCAAAUAUGUAUGCUCUGGCACAGAGGUGGGAGGAUGUGGAGAUGGUGAGAGAGACUAUGAAAGUUAAGGGAAUACAAACUAAACCUGGUUGUAGUUUAGUUCAAUCUGUAAGCCUCCUCUUGGCUGAGCAAUAGCAGUUCAUAUUCAUACCAAGUUCUCUCAUUGAAUUUAUUGGCAUUGAAAUUUGCCAAACCUUUGGGUUCCAUUGUUAUUGGAGUCCAUGAGAUUGACUUGA